AUUUAAUAAUAUAUAAUGAAUAGAUUGAUUAAAUUCUCUUCACUCAGACCCAAGUUAUCUUCUCAACAAACUAGAUCUUUGUCUUUCACAUACUGCUUGUUCUCAAAGAAUAAUGUUAACUCUAACCAGGAAAAAAGUAAAGUAGAUAAAUAGAGUAAAGUUACUCACUUUUAUUGAUAGCAUCAUUUAUCUUAGUUGAUAAUACAGAUAGUUUGAUGCAAAAUGCUCCAAAGUGGAAUGAAAAGUUGGCUACAGAAAGUGAAGCUGAUAUUAAAGCUGAAAGAGAACCCGAAACUGUACUUGAAGAAUUGAAAGAUAAAACAGCUAAAUGGUUUAAAUCUCAUAAGGACAACGAUAAAAAUGAUAAAUCUUCUCGUUGAAUAAAUAUAUUGUUCUUUGCUGUGUUUCA